UGGAACACAGACAAUAUGCCUGGUUAACACAACUUUCAAACUCCCAAAGUGACAGAUACCCUUCCCAGAGACAUCACAAGACAUCCCUCAGAAUGGAAACAUCAGGUGAUCAGCUUGGGCCGAUAUUGCUAAGAACUUCUGAGACCUCUUGUAGCUCGGCCCUCAGCCUGACGGCUAGCCUGCUGCAGGCGUUUCCACGGCACCAGGGCCUUCGGCGGACUGUGAUAAACCUCAGCUCCCUCUGUGCACAGCAGGCUUUCCCCUCUUGGUUCCUCUACUGCACUGGCAAGGCCGCCCGCGACAUGAUGUUCCGCGUGCUGGCCGAGAAGCCUGAUGCGAAGGUGCUAAACUACUCCCCCGGUCCACUGGACACAGACAUGCAGGCCCAGGCCCGCUGCUCGUCAGGGGACGUGGAGCUGCGUCGCUCCCUCUGCUCCAUGUUUAGACGAGGCCAGCUGAUGAGCUGCCAGGAGUCUGGCGCCAAGCUCACGAGGCUCCUCCUGGACGUCGACUUCCCCACGGGAGCACACGUGGAUUACUGGAGAGUAACUUGUCUGUUUUCAUAGAC